UCCGUCGUAUUUGAGCACUGCUGCUAAGGCUAGGCUAGGGUAAUGGUAGGCGGUGUGUCGUACAUAGCCCGUUUGACAUCUUAACUGUGGAUAAAUAGUCCUGGCCCGCGUAGAAGACCUCGCUACACUUUUCUCGUAUUUGUCUGGGAUGUAUGGAUGGAUAGCUGACGGAAUCUCGUCGCUGUUUGAGCCCGUUACGAGGCAAAAUCCGUCCGAGUUGCCAGUGAAAGGUAACCUUAGCGACGGGGAACCCACGCCGGCAGCACGGCGGCAGGAGAGCCACCACAGAGCGGCGAAACGGAACUACCAGAGUGUGCAUGUUGCAGACGGUGUGUUGCAGGGUGACCAGGUAGAGGUCAAAAGACGCAAGCGAGAUGUAGUAAUCAGCUUCGUGAAGAAGACUGUAGCUGGCGUGGCAGGUCUGCUCGGGCUGCGCACACCCCUGACGACCAAGUGUGAAAAGCCCUAUCAAUAUGAAGAGUCACAGCCUGUCACACUGAUGGGAAUAGAUGAGCUCCAGUCCUCAUUGCUGAACAGAAGUGAAUGGAGAAUGGAUAAACCAGUAGGUGGAGUAAACGACAGGGGCGGGAAGAACCCCUUUCAGAGCUCUUCACCUCCUUUAAUGAGAAAGUACAGUGGGACAGCGCUCUCUGCAGGGCUCCCAGACAGAGCGAAGGACAGGGACAGGGAGAGGAGAGGCUCCCUCCAGUUGUUGCCCCCCAGGCCUGCUCUCAGAGUGGGAACUGCUAAUCCUGAUCCAACAUGCAAUGGGUUUGGACACAACCGCUGCUACAAGCCCAGUCUAACUGUGGAAGAGGCCAUAAAGCAGAAUAAUAAGGAGCACUACAGGCGCCUGUUAGAGAUGGUGACAGAGAAAUACAGCAAAAGCCAACCACUACCUUUCAACCAAACAAAACCACAAGAUGAGUCAGUGUCACAGGGUGAUCACAAAACUGCUGCUUCAGGAAAAACCUUUGAAUCGGUGUCCAGAAGGACGGCCUUCCCAGCUGCACCAAGUGUGUUCACAUGGAGAAAUCCAUCUGCAACAAAGGACAGGUGGGGUGGCUUGACUUUUAGUAAGUCAUUUAAUGGAGCUUUUGACGACACACAGCCUGUCAGAGGUGCAAAGCAGAAACCUGCCGCAGAGUUGGACCUUUCUACUGAAGUCGCUACCCGCCUCAGUCUCGUGGACAGAGACGCUCCUGCCGUCGGCCAGACCGACACGCACUCUGCACACACAGCACAUGCAAGACACAGUGAUGAAGACAUACCGAGGCUGACUAAAGAGAUGGCAGCGGAGGUGAGUGGAGCCCUGGCUCAGAGCGACCCCAACCUCGUGCUAAGUGCAGCUUUCAAACUCCGCAUCACACAGAGAGACCUGGCCACGCUGCAGGAGGGCGGCUGGCUCAACGACGAGGUCAUAAACUUCUACCUUUCCCUGGUCAUGGAGCGCUGCUCCAGCAAAGCGGGACAAUUGAAGGUCUACUCCUUCAGCACCUUCUUUUUCCCAAAACUGCGAGGAGGAGGAGGAGGAGGAGGAGGGCAGGCUGGAGGACACGCUGCUGUGAAGCGCUGGACCAAGUCAGUUGACCUCUUUCUUUAUGACCUCGUUCUGGUCCCUCUGCAUCUGGGCGUCCACUGGGCGAUGGCUGUGAUAGAUUUUAAGUCAAAGACAGUGAAGUCAUACGACUCCAUGGGCCAGAGACAUGAUGACAUCUGUAGUCUUUUACUACUGUACCUUAAAGAGGAGCACAAAGCAAAGAAAGACAGGGAGCUGGACAGUGUUAAAUGGACGGUUGGGAGUUUGCGGCCCGGUGAAAUUCCUCAGCAGAAAAAUGGAAGCGACUGUGGAGUUUUUGCCUGUAAAUACGCUGACUAUAUUGCAAAAGGAAAGCCUCUCACCUUUAAACAGUGCCACAUGCCUCUCUUCAGGAAGUUAAUGAUGUGGGAAAUCCUCAAUCAGAAGCUGCUCUAAAGGAAUCGCAAUAAACUCAAUUAACAAGAGACUUUUGUCCACACAACUGACGUUUGUGUGUAGCGACUACAUGUUGAAGAUAAAAAAAAGGGCCAAAGAAGAGGACUUGCUUCUCUCAUCUGGAGAAGUCAAACACUAGUCUUAAGAACUCAAUAUGUCUUUGACCUGCGAGCGACAUAUUAACAAUUUGUAUUCUCUGAGUUGUAAUUAGAGACGUUUAUGGGAUGAUGUAAGAAGCAUUUGUCUUACACAAACUUUGGCACUACUGACUGAAUGGCUUUUUAUUGACUUUGGAUUGUAUUUUUUUUUUUAUUUUUUUCUGUUUGAAGUACUGCCUGAAGUGCCUUCAGCCCCUGCAGCUUAGAGCAUGCUUUUGUCUUUUGGUAUGUUACUUUAUUUACAACUUAUCAUCAAUUCUGAAGAGUUUGGAUCUGAAUUCAUUCAACCGGAUUGUUGCAGGUCAAUGAUAUGGGGGGGUGUAGUUUGCAGUGGUCAACAGAGUGGAGGGCAAAUGAUUACAAUUACAUUUAAUUGUGACACUCAAUCUUUGUGUGACACGUGGACAAAUAAAAUACCUCCUCUCCGAACCCAUUUAGACAAAAAAAAAAAAAAUGCAUGAUUGAGUGCUUGUUGUGGGAACAUGUUUCUAUUAUUUAUGACUCGACUGGAUGAGAAAGUGUUUUUGGAGUGUGUGUAUAUCUCUUGCUCCGUGAGUAAAGUACUGAUUGUCCCAUAUUUGUUACCAUGAAGCGCUCUUAGACCUGUGAAUCUAUUCAACGAGCAUACUGGAAGAGGCUGUUUAGGGCUGUUAACAAAGACUCAGUUUAUAGUGUACCCUAAAGCAAACUACUGUGCACACAUGCAUGUGUGUGUCCGUGUUUAAAAAUGUGAUUUUAUUUUUAUUUUUUAUUUUUUUGCCCCCGCAUUAAAGUAUUAAUUUUUAA